UUGGAUUGCAUCCUACCGUUUCACCCCCACCCCGAAUGCCGAAGGCGUGUCUUUACUUUGCAACGAACUACAAAUAGCAUAAAUUACUCCGGUUGCAGCGCUGAGGGAGAAGUUGCCGACGGGUCGCCCUCCGUUUUAAAUUCGGCCCUCGGAGCUACCUGAGCAGGACCAUGACGGAACGCUUUGACUGCUACUACUGCCGCGACAACCUGCAGGGCAAGAAGUACGUGCAGAAGGAGGACAAGCACAUCUGCGUGCGCUGCUUUGACAAGCUGUGCGCCAACACCUGUGCCGAGUGCCGGCGCCCCAUCGGGCCUGACUCAAAGGAGCUGAACCAUAAGAACCGCCACUGGCAUGAGGACUGCUUUAAGUGCGCCAGGUGCUACAAGCCCCUAGCCAAUGAGCCCUUCGGCAGCAAGGAUGACAAAAUCUUGUGUGGGAAAUGCUGCUCACGUGAGGAGGGCAACCGUUGCCAGGGCUGCUACAAGCUGGUCAUGCCAGGCACCAAGACAGUGGAGUAUAAGAAGAAGAUCUGGCAUGAGGAAUGCUUCACCUGUGCCCAGUGCAAGCAGCCUAUCGGCUCGCAGAGUUUCAUGGCCAAGGGUGACGACUUGUACUGCACCGCCUGCUCAGACAAGAACUUUUCAAAGAACUGCGCCCACUGCAAGCAGCCCAUCACCUCGGGGGGGAUCAGCUACCAAGACCAGCCCUGGCACUCCGAGUGCUUCGUGUGUCUGACCUGCAGCAAGUCCCUGGCAGGAGCUCGCUUCACCGCUGUGGAGGACAAGAUGUACUGCGUGGACUGCUACAAGACCAGCGUGGCCAAGAAAUGCAGCGCCUGCGAGAACCCCAUCACAGGGUUUGGAAAGGGCACUCAGGUGGUGAACUAUGAGGGCAACUCCUGGCACGAGUACUGCUUCAACUGCAAGAGGUGCUCCCUGUCGCUGGCCAACAAGCGCUUCGUGAUGCAUGAGACAGCCAUCUACUGCCCCGACUGUGCCAAAAAGCUGUGAGGAGCACCCCCCUGAGGCACAGGGUGGAAUGACAACACAACCAAUUACACACAUCAAUAAAUAUACCUAGCUUUUCACAAAGUGUCAUAUUACUCUGCAAUGGACAAAUGGAGUUUGUUUUUAAAAAAUAUAUAUAAACAUGUGAUUUGUGUUAAUUCAGUUGCUUUAAAAUAUCCCCACCCUGUGGACCUCCUGUCCAGCUGCAAAGCCAGCCUGUGAGUGGGAGUUUAGUCUAAGAAAGCAUGGAUUGCAAGUUCAAAUCACCAUUUAUCUUUUGAGCACACUUAUAGCUGAAUGGUUUGUAUUUGUGGGCACUUGAUAUUCCAAUACUAAAUUUAGGAGGAGACACAGUCUGGUUAAGUAUCACAGACAAACUUCUUGCCGAGAGGCUCAACGAACACGAGUUUGAGGCAUUAUGCUGAAGGUUGAAGUUUGAUAUUUUGCUGUUAAGUUUUAAAGAUUCAGAUAAAGACUUCAUGUUCACAGCUUUAUGAAUUGUAAGGCAUAGCAGAAACAAUGUACGACAACCUUAAGGAAUAAACCAAAAUUCAAGCACA